GGGAGAUUCCGGCGACAUGGCUAAACUCACCAAGAAGGUCGGGAUUGUCGGGAAAUAUGGGCCCCGCUAUGGUGCCUCCCUCCGGAAAAUGGUGAAGAAAAUUGAAAUCAGCCUGCACGCCAAGUUCACGUGCUCCUUCUGUGGCAAGACCAAAAUGGAGAGACGAGCCGUCGGCAUCUGGCGCUGUGGUUCCUGCGUGAAAACUGGCUGGAGGGGCCUGGACCUCAACACUACUGCCGUCGCAGUGAAGUCUGCCAUCAGAAGACUGAAGAAACUGAAAGAUCAGCAGAAGUGCUACCAUUUGAGAUCCGAGCCUACUCAAUAA